CUGGAGUAAUGGAAGUGGGGAGGGGGGGAGAAACCAAUGGGAGCCUUUCUAUUUGGCCACCCCUGCAAAACAGAAUGGAAUAUUCUUCCUCCUCCCCCCACAUUGCACCUCCUGGGCCAGGCUUCUGUGCAUUGUGUUUGCAAAGAUCCUGGGUCUCUAUGCCUGUGCAAUGGGGGGAUUAGCAAGAUGAGGCUCUAAAAUUGUCCUGUGAAUGCAUCUCCAAGGAGACUUUCAAGCAUGGAUCACAAAGGCUCAUACAUUUCUGCACUCUGAAGAUAAAUAUAAUUCCAUCGGUCCUCAGUCUUCCAGUUACUUUAGAAAAAACAGAAAGGCAACAUUAUGAUGGCUAUUUUGAAAGCAGUAAGAUUUUGAAAUUCCUCCAGCCUGUAGGAGCCUGCAGUAAAUUCACCAUGUAUCUGCUCGCUUAUGGUUAGGAUACCAGGAAAGAAUCACUGAAAGAUAAUUUGUUGUAUAUUUCAACACAAUGAGCCGCCGUGGCAAUAACUGGUCCUACACUGAGGUCAUUGACCUCUUGGAUAUAUGGGGAGAGCAGAAGAUCCAGCAGCUGCUUCAAAGCAGCUAUAGAAAUAUGGACACAUUCCAGGUUAUUGCAAGUGAAAUGGCAAAGCGAGGACAUGAACGUACUGCCCAGGAGUGUCGAACCAAGACGAAAACCAUGCGAAGAGAUUACAAGAAAGCCAAGGACAGCUUCUGCUCAGGGGGAGAAUAUAUUUCUUGCCCUUUCUACGAGCAGCUCGAUAGAAUAUUCGCUGGUGAGUCUAGUUUUCAGCUGCCUAAGAAAUUACAAAAUAUCUCUCUGCCAGAAGAGUCUUCAGGCGAUACCAAUUCCCCAUGUCCUACAGCAGAGGGAACAGCAGCUGUCACAACCGAGGACUAUAAUGACAGCCAAGAUCAGUUUUCUCCAUGCCCACAGAUGUCAGUUGAGCUCUCUGAUUCUGCCACACCCAGUCCCAUGUUCUACGUGUCAAGGACAACAUCUGGGAAGCCUGCAAACAUGGCUUGGCCAGCACCAAAAACUGAUCUUCUGGGUCCCAUGCCACCUAUAUUCCCCAACACCUCAUUAGCCAAAGACACAAGGAUGGAUGUUACCCUAGGACCAUCACCAAUUCUGCUACACAACUAUGUGACUUUUCCCUCCGAAGAACGCCUGUCCAGAGUCCGAAAACGACAGAGGAAAACCAGGAAUGAUGCAGUCUUGGAACUGUCACGAAUAGCAGACCGGAGAGUUCACAUAGUGACUGACAGGAUCCUGUCAUCUCUGAACAGGUAUGCUACAGCAGACCUGCAAGACCGGGAAAGAGAUAGGGCAGACACUGCACAAAUCAUUGCCAUCAUGCAACGACAGACGGAGCUACUGGAAUCACUGGUGCAGAUGCAGUCUCCUGAGCCGACUUCUGUAUCCCCUGCUGCUUCCUGGUCUGCUCGUCCGCAUUCGGCAGCUUCUCCUCCCUCCCGCCCAGGUGUCUCACGGCGGACAUUAGUCUCUAGGGUGAAUCACAGGAGGAGGCCACAGAAGUAUAGCUCUUAACUGUGCUAUUGCUUUGUAGUUCCUGAUAUUCUGGUUUUGGCGAUUCAGACUGUUAACCCUGUCUCCAAUCAUUUUACCUUUUGUUUUGUUCAGUAUUAAAACACUAUGUAUUAACCCCACCACACAGACACACUUUAAUUUAAAAUGUUCUAUUAACAUCUGGGGGAAGUACAAAGACACAGUGGUUAGGGCAAGCUGGAGAUCAGCUGUCAGUUUCUUCUGUGUCCUUUUUUGAUAGGUGGGUUUAGCUUUCCUUUUCCCUCUUUCUUUUCAAAUUGUUGAUUUCAUAGGGAAUGUUUAUAAUACAAUACAAACUAAUAGCAAACAUGUAUUCAGUGCUAAUGACACGCUAGUUGCACUAUAGAGCAGAUCGGUUUAUUGUUUGGAUUAGGUACUUCACUAAUGAAUAUAAAGUAAGAGGAACAGAUACUAGUUUCAUCUGGAGUUUGACUUUUUUGUGAUGCAUAGAAAUAGGUAAUUUUUCCAUUCUCUCCUGAAAGCAUGACCUCUGCCAUGCAGAUGUGGUGGUCCAUUUGUCUCCAUCUGUGGUGUGGACAUGUGGGGGGUGGGCAUGGACAUAAACUUCUUAGAACCAUGGUGCAGACCUGGUCAAAGAAAAGUUACUUUUUUGGACAACAACUCUCAGAAUCCCUCUAUCAGCAGUGGCCAUACUGGCAGGGGAUUCUGGCAGUUGUCCUAAAAAGUCCCUAUAUCAGGAGAAAAGUGAAAUAUAAAAUAAAAUAAAAUGCUUCCAGGCUCUGGAAGCCUGGCUUUACCACUUAUGUUGCAUAAAUGUGAGGGUUAUAGAAAAGUCACAGAAGAAUAAAAUAAUUAUUUAAAAGUUUUGAGGCGCAAGGAGUUGAGACUCCUCCACUCCAUCAUUGGAGAGUUAGUUUUCUAGGGAUAGAACAAAGCAAAUAUUAAAACUGGAGAUGUCAAUAUGUGAAACCAGCAGUGAAGGCUUCUUUGAGGUGAGAUAGUGUUGGAUAGCAAGGACAAAAAUAUACAGUCAUUACAGAGAAAUGAACAGAUUUAAAUGUGAAGACUAAAUUCUUUGUGCUGGUAUGGAGAUAAAUGGAAUGAGUAUGGAAUAUAAUUGGGAGAAGAGGGGUAAUCAGAAUAGUUGAAGCAAGAAUUUCCUUAAGUUGUUUCUGGGAAUUGCCAGUGUUCUGGGCAAGAGUUGUGCCUAGUUUGCGUUUCCUAUUUGUUUUGGUUGCUUCUGAGCAACAGGUCAUCACAGCAACAGUAGCUCUGCAUAGUAAAGAGAAACAAAGCAUGAGCAAUAGCAACCAAUGUGUGAGAUUGGCUCUAAUUUUCUUGUUCUUUGUACUAAAUUUGUUGAGCGACGAGUGCGAACUGCACUGGCUUGUUUGAACUAGACAAGCUAAAUACAGGGAUUGGCACAACUUCUCUCUGGGUUGCUGAUGUUUCCCAGUUGAACACGCCUAUCACUCUGAGCUACUGGAAGGUAGAACUCUAUGUGACAAAGAUAUGCAGUGUAGUGGACAUAGCAUGGAAUUAGGAAGGGUUAUUGACACCCCAAAAAUAAACAGUAUAAAAUGUUUUAUAAAUAAAAAAUGUUAUCCUGAAAAAUGCAAGCCACAAUGGAUGAGAAUAGUGCCUUCAAUGGAGAAAUCAAUUAUGGUAGACAAGUAUUUCGUAAAAGACAAGUUAACCAAUACUAUCAGAUUUUUCCAGCAAUAUGGAGGUGAAGCAGAGUGUUGGUUAUGUUCUCGGCAUGUGAUUCUCAACCUUUGGCCUCACAGAUAUUUUGAAUAUCAUCUCCCAGAAAUCUUUACCACUGACCAUUUUGGCUGGACUUUUGGGGAAUUGGUCUAAAAUAGCUGUUAAAACCAAAGGUUGAGAGCUGCUGUUCUAAUGUAGGAUAUGAACUUGUAUCACACGGAAUGAAAAGUAGGCUCUCUUGUCCCAGACAGUGCCUCAGAUAGAGUGUGUACAUACAAUCUGAAAGAGGAAUGAGGAACCUUUGGCCCUUUGAUGUUUAGGACUACAGCACCCAUAGUCCCUAACCAUUGGCCAUGCUGGGUGGGGUCGAUUAGAAACAUGAGCCAACUUCUUGGAGGGCCAAAUGUUCCACAUCCCUGCCCAUCAACAUAAUUCCAGAUCACUGAGAGAAGUACAGUCAGUGUAAAAAAAAUUCCUAAAGAAAACAAGGUAGACUAGAAGGAGUGCCCAUAAAAGUAAGCCAACUUUAACAUGUUUAAAUACAAGGGAGAAGCAAUCAAGUUCUUUAUACAUAAUAAGCAGCUGUGAAGCGAGAUAUCGCAGAUUAGAGGUAGGCAAAGUGGGGUAUGGGCCAUGUGCGGCUUCCAACACCCUCUUUUUUGCAGCUCUUAAGGUCUCACUGGACACCCCUCCCAAUACAGUGCACCCGCAUCAUCCGUGGCUUUCAGCUUAUGCCGAAAGCCACGCAACAUACAGGAAAUGGUGUGUGUGCCUGUGGCGCGUGCAACACGCGCCGCCACAAGGGGAGGAGUCCGGAACAAAUCCCCUCCGUAAGGCAAAGGCACACUGUGUUUUCGUCAUUAAAAAUAGCUAUUUUCUUUUCCUGAAACAUCUUCAAGUGGAUGUUUUGCCAUAAAACAAGAUGCAUGCCUCCCUACAACUUGUUUUGAUCUCCACCCUUUGCCCUGUUACUUCAUUUUUGGGGGGCUGGGUGGGAAGGAAAGGACUAUUGUGACCUAUGGGAGGUCCUGAGGCCAAAAAUUGGCCUAUUGAUCUCUAGAGUUUGUCCACCCUUGCUGCAGGAAAUGGGGAAUUGGUAAUUGCUUUUAGUUUACGGGAAAUAUUCUUUUGGCUUACAAAAAUGAUUGUGAUACAGGGCCCUCUAUGGGUCUGACAGAUGAACUGAGAAAUUUCAGCAAUUUCUAGCCAAGGAAUUAUUUUCUAUAGUUUUGUUAAAUAGUCUAGUUUAGAAUUGUAUUUUAGCCUUCUUCUUUUUUUAACAAUGAACACUUGUUCUUUACUUGCCUGUAUGAUAAAGUAAAAAAGUUUUUAAUAAGAUGAUAAAGUACACUUCAUAAAAUCUAUGUUUUAAACCA